AUGUCGGAAGAAACAUUUAAGUCUAUGAAUGAUCAGGCAAUUAUUAAAAUUGAACCACCAGAAUAUCCAGUAGAAGACAUUGAACGCGAAAAUGAGGAUAAGUUUGAUGAUCUUGAUGCUGUCGUUAAAUCUGAAUCGUGUUCUGAGGACGAUGAUACGUGUUUAGAAAGAUUCAAGAACUCCGAGGUGACAAUUGAAGAUGAAGUCAAACAGGAGUCUUUUGAUUGUGACAUUUGUAAUCAAUCAUUCGCAGAAUCACAUCAUCUAACAAAACAUAUGGUCGAUCACAUGCCUAACCGUAGCAAAGAACGUCCUUACAAAUGUGAAAUUUGCCCAAAGACUUUCAAUCAAUCAAGAGGGUUGAACACACACAUGGUCAUUCAUAGUGGUGAGCGUCCACAUAAAUGCAAUGAAUGCAAUAAGGCAUUCACACGAUUAGGCGAUCUGAAAAGACACAUGCUUAUUCACAGUGGUGAGCGUCCACAUAAAUGCAAUGAAUGCAAUAAGGCAUUCAUAACUGUAACUCGUCUGAAAACUCACAUGCUUGUUCAUGGUGGUAAGCGCUCUCAUGAGUGCAUGAUAUGCAAGAAGACAUUCACACAAUCAUAUAAUCUGAGAGCUCACAUGUUCAUUCAUAGUGCUUUUGAUAUUCGUAUACAAAAAAUAAGAGCUUAUGAAUUAGUGGACGACGUUUAUACAAACAUAUUUGAAACUAAAUCCAGCGGUGCUAGAAUAAAGGAACUUAUUAUCUAA